UUAAGAUCCUCCUCUUCUAUGUCAUCUUCUACGGUUGCCUGGCAGGUAUAUUCAUUGGGACCAUCCAAGUGAUGUUGCUGACUGUCAGUGAAUUUGAGCCCAAAUACCAGGAUCGAGUGGCACCUCCAGGACUGACCCAAGUCCCCCAGGUACAGAAGACAGAAAUCUCUUUCACUGUCUCCGACCCCAAAAGUUACGAGCCGUACGUGAAGAACCUGGAGAAGUUCUUGAAGGACUACAGUGCUGAUCAGCAAACUGAGAACAUCAUCUUUCAGGACUGUGGGGAACAACCUAGUGAUUACAAAGAGAGAGGAGCCUACAGUGAUGCCCAGGGCCAGAAGAAGGUCUGCAAAUUCAAACGGGAAUGGCUGGAAAAUUGUUCUGGAAUAAACGACCAGAGCUUCGGCUACGCGGAGGGCAAGCCCUGCAUCCUCGUCAAGCUCAACAGAAUCAUUGGCUUCAAACCCAAGGCUCCAGUAAACGAGACCCUCCCUCCAGACGUCAUGCCAAAGUACAACGAGUUUCUCAUCCCCGUCCACUGCGUUGCCAAGAGAGAGGAAGACGUGGACAAAGUGGGCACGGUGGAGUAUUAUGGGAUGGGGGGGUUCCCUGGCUUCGGGCUGCAGUACUACCCUUACUACGGGAAGCUGCUGCAGCCGCGGUACCUGCAGCCCCUGGUGGCCGUGCAGUUCCUCAACCUGAGCUACGGCGGGGAGGUGCGUGUGGAGUGCAAGGCCUACGGGGAGAACAUCCAGUACAGCGACAAGGAUCGCUUCCAGGGACGCUUCGACAUCAAAUUCGACAUC